GAGCAAAGAGUCCAGCCCACAACCUCCCAGCUGCUUUCUAUAAAGAUGGCUCCUUCAUUGGUGAUGGACCAUCAGGUCACAUGACCCUCCUCCAUGUCUCCAGCUCUGAUGAAGGCCUCUAUAAGUGCAGCAUCAGCGGUCAGGGAGAGUCUCCAUCCAGUAGGAUCUCUGUGGAAGAGAAACCAUCAAUAAGGUCUGAUCCUCCACCCACUUCUGGUUCUCCAAUCGCUUCUUUGCCUCCAUCAUCAUCUUCAUCUUCCUCCCAGUUUGUUCUCUACCUCCUGGUGUCUCUGUCAUGUGUGAUUCUUGUGGUUUUCCUGCCGAUUCUGGUUUUACUGGUGAAACGACGCGUUCAGAGAAAACCUGAAGGUCACCCAGAAGUUGGAGAGGAAAGUAUCUCUUACAGUGACAUCAGAAUUUCACAUCACCGACAGAAGAACAAAUCAAAUCAAGAGAACGAUCCAUCUGUGGUUUAUUCUGCUGUCAGAAGAGACGAUGUGACUUAUGGAGAGAUCGUCAUCAGAAACAAGGGAAACGAGCCAAAGACCAGAAAUGAGGGAAACGAGCCAAAGACCAGAAACGAGCCAAAGACCAGAAACGAGCCAAAGACCAGAAACAAGGGAAACGAGCCAAAGACCAGAAACGAGCCAAAGACCAGAGGUAAAACUGCUCUUCAGCUCCUUCCACUCAUCCUGCUCUGUGUUGAACAGGUUCACUGGUACUCUAGAUACAUUGUAUAG